UUUGUCACCAUAUUUUACCAACAAGAUUAGUUAAUUAAAUUUUUAAAACAGUAUUGAAACAUACGAAAUUUAUAUUGUACAAAUACUGCAUAAUAACUUUUCAACUGUUAUAUUUGUUUAAAUAUUUUUUAAAAUGGGAAAAGGUUUCAACAAUUAUAUGUGCAAAAAAUUCUUUCAUCCUGCUUCAAGGGAUAAUCUUAAAAGAGUAUGGAUGGCAGAACAACAAGCUGAAGCAUAUAAAAAGAAACAAGAGGAGUUGAGGAAUCAGUAUGAAAAAGAACAAGAUUUACAUGAGAAUAAAGCAAUGCUGAGUAAAGAAUCCAAAGAUAAGUUGAGUAUGAAUUUCAUGUAUGAACCCCCACCGGGCAUUCGCAAAGAACGUGAAAAAGAUGAAAAUGAACCAGAGUAUAAAUUUGAGUGGCAAAGGAAAUACAAUGCACCCCGAGAAAGUUAUUGCAAAGGUGACACAGAAAUUCGGGAUCAACCCUUUGGAAUUCAAGUUAGAAAUGUUAGAUGCAUUAAAUGCCAUAAGUGGGGUCAUAUCAAUACUGAUAAAGAGUGUACGAUGUAUAGCAUUUCGAUGAGUGAAGCUCGAAAGAUUCACUCAGAACAAGAAGCCAAUUCAAUUAUGCAGAAGAAUAUUCUUGAAGAAAAAAUGAAAGAAGACGGUUUGGCCAUGAAAAAAAGUGCAAUGUCUUUACAAAGUUUACAAACAGAUUCAACACAUAAGCUAGUAUCGAGCGAAAGCGAAAAUGAAGCAAAAGUUGAAAACGAAUUUUUAAAAUCUUUAACCAAAGAACAAAAGUUAAAGUUACUGAAAAAACUUGAAAAACUGGAGAAAAUGAAAAAGAAGCAACGCAAACAUAAGAGAAAAACUUCUAACUCAUCAUCAUCCUCCUCUGAAAGAGAGCAUUCUAAAAAGAAGAAGGAUAAAAAGACGAAACGUCAUGAAAAGAGAAAACAUUAAAAGAAUGAAAAUUU